AUAAACACGUAUAAUAGCACAGAGCAAGUAAUAUUUUAAUAGAACUUAGUUAUUCACAAGUGCCUCAAUUUUAUUUUUAUUUAGAUACAAAAAUAUGUACACAUGAUAUUAUGAUAACGCAACAUCCGCGAUAAGAUAAUUUGAUCAGUUAUUUAAGAAAUAAUUCGAGAUUGCUAUUCAAGUUUUUUGACGAGAUUUUAAUUUAAGUGCUAGAGAAAAUGUUAAAAUUUAGCUCGCGAGUUUUAACUUACUCUCAAAGUUUGAGAAGAUUGUCUACUCAAUUCCAGAAUGCAGAAAAUAUAGGGCCUGUUGUAUUCCAACGUCUGACUGGCGAAGACAAGGGUAUCGCCAUAUACGGUUUGAACAGCCCUAAGCAAAAGAAUGCGCUCGGGUUUGAACUCCUCUCUGCUAUGAGAGAAGUGAAUUCGAUUCUCAGAGAAGAUACAAAAAUCUCAGUUGUGAUACUGCAUAGCCUGGUUCCAGGUGUAUUUUGCGCUGGUGCUAAUUUGAAAGAGCGGUUUCAAAUGAGUGAUAAUGAAGUUGCAUCUUUUGUAAGGGGACUGAGGCAGGUCUUCAUAGAUGUUGAGGAUCUUCCGAUGCCGACAAUCGCUGCAAUAGAAGGAAUAGCUGUUGGAGGAGGGUUGGAACUAGCCCUAGCGUGUGACAUAAGAGUUGCAGCAGAUACUGCAAAGAUUGGUCUCGUUGAAACUGGACGAGGGCUUAUACCUGGUGCUGGGGGCACUCAAAGACUGCCAAGAGUUGUUAACACUAAUAUUGCAAAAGAACUAAUAUUCACAUCUAGAAUUAUAAGUGGAAAAGAAGCUCAACAACUAGGUGUAGUCAACCACUCGGUACCACAGAACAGCACAAAUACUGCAGCUUAUGAUAAAGCUUUAAGCUUAGCUCGCGAAAUUACUUCUAAUGCACCCAUCGCUCUGAGAUGUGCCAAACAAGCCAUCAACGAGGGCAUCCAGCUCACCAUCAAAGAAGGAUAUGAGGUGGAACAGAAAUGCUACGAAAUAAACAUUCCAACCAAGGAUCGGAAAGAGGGGAUGCUGUCUUUUAUUGAGAAAAGAAAGCCACAAUACAAAGGAAAUUAGUCUCACUUAUAUACAUUUUAUAUAAUAUUAUUUAAGAAUUUUAUGGAUAUUUUAUAUUUGUACAAGUUUACUACUGAUAAUGUUUUUGAUAUUUUGUUUUUUUAGUGUAAUAAGAUAAUUUGUUAUUCAUGAAUUAUGAUAAAUGAUUGCAUCAUAUUGGGCCUUCAUAUAGUUCAAGUGAUAAUAUAUCUGUAAUCUGACUCAAAAUAAAACUGAUAAACAUUUCAACAAUGAUAAUUAUAUUUUUAUAAAAACAUGUUAUUUACAAUUUAUUGAAUAAAUUUUUAUUCUAUA